GUCCAGAGAAAAAAGUGAUAAGCAGCUUCUGGGUUUUGCUUUCAAGCGGACUCCUGCUGAACUGGUGUGAGUGAGUGUGUAUGUGUGUGUGGUGCGUUCACUCUUUUUCCUGCCACAGUAGCAACACAUUGCAGCAGCGUCGGCCCCGAACAAAAGGCUAAAUGCAGCAGAGCCACAGGAGGGGAACUCAGAGAUAGAAGCAGGCAGAGUGGCCCAGCGUGAGUGCACUUCUCAGGGAGCAGCUCAACCUGCCAUUUAGCCCUCCUGGCCCCGCAGUGGAGACAGGACGGUACACUAGACUGGCCCAGGCUACCUGCCAGUGUCUCUGUCAGAGCUAAGGAACACACCCCUGUUGUGUCUUUCACUUUGUCUACUAUUUAUAAAGCUCAGUGUCUGUCAUUUUCUGCUGAAAUUUCUGCACCUGCCCUGGGCGACUUUCCUCUUCAUCCAGCUGCACUCCAAGAUGUCAGAUGACGACUGCCUCUCGCCCAUCGGCCUGGACUGUUGCAGUUGCUGUCUGGACCUGGCCAAUGGCUGUGAUGAAUCCAUAUCCAGCAGCCCAGCUCAGGGCCUUGGCACUACAGGAGGCCUGCCAGCAAGCCCCACAAGCCCCACUGUAAAUCACUUCCGCCAGCUCCGCAACCAGCUGAUGUACCAGAACCUGAACACGGACAAGCUGAACAACAUCAUGAGACAGGACUCCCUGGAGUCGGUCGUGAGAGACCCCUGUUUCCUGCUCAAUGAGGGGAUCUGCAACAGCAACAUUGACCAGACCAUGCUGUCUAUAUUGCUCUUCUUUCACAGUGCCUCUGGUGCUAGCGUUGUGGCCAUUGACAACAAAAUCGAGCAGGCCAUGGACCUUGUCAAGAACCACCUGAUGUAUGCAGUGCGUGAGGAGGUGGAGAUCCUCAAGGAACAGAUCAAGGAGCUGGCUGAGAAGAACAACCAGCUGGAGAGAGAGAACUACCUGCUGAAGAACCUGGCUAGUCCAGAGCAGCUGGAGAAGUUCCAGUCGCGCAUUCCGACGGAUGUGCUGUUACCCCUGGACAAUCAGAACAUCCAGGGCACUCCGGAACACCAGCAGCAGCAGCAGCAGCAGACCUGCAACCACAGCACUGGUUCUGCUGUAUAAGUGGCUCUGCCUUGGGGCGGGCAGAGCCACUGUCUCUUUCCAAUUAUGGACCUCCAUUUGAAUGAAAGCGUCAUUAAAUCGCUGCCGCAGAGAUCUCUUCAAAACAAUGAAGGUGAAGCAUCUGGGCUUUAAAUGAUCGAUGGGACACAAACGAACUGUUGACACUGAUAAGCACAGACCAGAACUGAAGACGCUCUGACCGGUGCCAUGUCAGGCCCGUCCUCUGAUACCGUCCAGCUUUUUGUCAUGUUCCCUCUAAUGUAGACGAAAGUGUUAAGAGUAGCGAGAAGGUUCUGACUAGACACAGUCGAGAACUUGCUGACAGAGGGCGGCUUUCCCUGCCUAGCCUAACCCUUCCAAUAGGUGAGAAGGUGUUGAUCGGGCUGGCCCUGCAGGUGCUUGACUUGGAAAAGUGUGGAGAGUUUGCUCUUCCAUUACUCAGAGGAAACCCACCUGAGACGGCCCUCCAAGUCUCAGUGAGAGGCGCCCCAUUGCGUGGAUUUGUCUCAAAAGCCUUGCAGCAGUACAUUUCAGCCACAUAACAAAGACUUUACCUGUACCGACAAUGUAUUGCUGAUGUGUUUGUGUACAUCUGAGCAUAACACCAAUAAUUAACAGAAUAAGCUGGGCAACAGAGGUAGAGGCCAGUACAGAUUAAUGUUUUUAGAGCUGGUGAACCGAUAAGUAUACUGUUAAUGAUUCAUAAAGUGUAAUUUUAUAUUACCUGCAGUUGAGGCUUGCUGCUUAUGGGGGAAAAUUAAUCCUGCUCUGUUUUUGUUUUUGAUUUUGGAACAAAAAUCAGUCGUUUGUAAAGUAGGAACAUUGUUCUUUUUUUGUAAUAUAUGGUGCAUAUCUGUUUUCCUAACUCUUCACGGAAUAACUACAAUGUACAUAGAGUUUAAAAGUCCUGAGAUUAACAUAGUGUAGCUUACUCGCAAGCAGACACCUGCAUUUCUCGCUGCAGAUGCACUCCUGACUGUAGCAGCGUCGUCCAGCAUCUGGCCUGUUUACCUGCUCAGAUGCCAACUCGAAAACAAUGGCAUGACAACAGUGCCUGUAAAGAAAGAGAGGAACGCAUUCCCACACUGUCCUCAGUUGUUGCUGCUGUUGUUGUUGUUUUCUAGCUACCAAAGACUUGUUAUGUUUUCCACACAACAGCAGACGCUGAGCAAACCAGGACCAUGUGCAAAAAUUCACAGGGAGAAGUCUUCGUCGUAACUAGUGCUGACCUUUGUAUUUGUUUUGUAAAAGAUGACUGUAUUGUUGCUGUAAUGUAUCCUCAAAAGAGUUGUUCACUAGAUGUUUGGAUACGACUGCACAUUUGCAAUAAACCUCGUUUACAUUCUAAA